AUGCCAACAUUUUUUGAUAAUGACAAAUAUAAUUAUUUCAAAUGUAUAUGUCCAUUGAAACAAUAUGGAAUAACAUGUCAUUUACAAACAUCCGAUUGUAAAAUUAAUAUAUGUAAAAAUAAUUCAACAUGCACAGCUUAUGCAGAUGAAUAUUAUCAUGAUAUAUCAAUGUGUUUAUGUAGUAAAUGUUAUUUUGGUCAACACUGUCAAUUUCCAACAGCUUAUUUAUCAUUAAAUAUGAAAUUAAAUACAUUUAAUUCAAUGAUAAUGAUCACUCAAUUUCUAUCAUAUAAUAUGGAAACAUUGACAUUGGAUAUUCAAAAUCAACAACGUAUUAAUAAAAAUAAUUUUUAUAAGCUUAAUUUUGAAGAUUUUGUUCUUUCACCAAUUGGUCUAUUGAAAACUUAUCAUCGCUAUGAACAAAAAGAACAAGAUAAUAUCUAUUUGUCAUAUACGCAUCAUAAUAUGUCUUAUGUAAAUAUUACGUAUGAAGAGUUAAUCGAAAAAAAUCGUUGUUAUCAUUCAAAUGAAUUUAAUCUUAUACCAAAUAAUUAUUCAUCGAUUAGUGAUGUAUUAAAGAUUAUAAAAAAACAUCAUAAUCUUUGUCAAACAAGUCAAUAUAAUCAAACAAUAUCAAAUAUUUUAUGUUUUUAUGAUCCCAAAUUUUAUCUAUGUCUUUGUGAUAAAGAAGUUUAUCGAACAAGCUGUUUUUACUAUGAUUUUACGUAUGAUCGAUGUAAUUAUUGUAUUAAUAAUGGUGAAUGUUUUGAAGGAGAAAAACAUAAAAAAGUAUAUGAUUUUAUUUAUCAUUGUUCCAAAUGUUAUUAUGGUUCUAUUUGUCAAUAUAGUACAAAUCAAUUUGUAUUUUCAUUGGAAACACUUUUAGCACUUGAUAAUAAUGAUAAUAUAAACCAAACAAUAAUGAGUGAUGAUACAUUAUUAGAAGUUAUUAUCGGUAAGACAAAUUAA